UCUCCUCUCCUCUGCCGGGAUGGGUCGGUCCCGCAGCCGGAGCUCCUCCCGCUCCAAGCACACCAAGAGCUCCAAGCACAACAAGAAGAACCGGAGCCGAUCUCGGUCCCGCUCCCGGGAGAAGGAGCGGGCGCGGAAGCGCUCCAAGUCCCGGGAGAGCAAGCGGAACCGGCGCCGCGAGUCCCGGUCCCGCUCCCGCUCCAACACGGCCCCCCCCCCCCGCCGCGACCGGGAGCGGGAGCGCGAUCGCGCCUCCUCCCCGCCCGACCGCAUCGAUAUCUUCGGGCGCACGGUGAGCAAGCGCAGCAGCCUGGACGAGAAGCAGAAGCGGGAGGAGGAGGAGAAAAAAGCGGAGUUCGAGCGGCAGCGGAAAAUCCGUCAACAAGAAAUUGAGGAGAAACUAAUAGAGGAAGAAACUGCUCGAAGAGUGGAAGAGCUUGUGGCUAAACGUGUAGAAGAAGAGUUGGAGAAAAGGAAGGAUGAGAUUGAGCGAGAGGUUCUCCGCAGGGUGGAGGAAGCUAAGCGCAUCAUGGAAAAACAGUUGCUCGAAGAACUCGAGCGACAGCGACAAGCUGAACUUGCAGCACAAAAAGCCAGAGAGGAAGAAGAGCGUGCAAAGCGUGAGGAACUAGAGCGAAUACUAGAAGAGAAUAAUCGAAAAAUUGCAGAAGCACAAGCUAAACUGGCUGAAGAACAAUUGAAAAUUGUUGAAGAACAAAGAAAGAUUCAUGAGGAGAGGAUGAAACUAGAACAAGAGAGACAACGUCAACAAAAGGAAGAGCAAAAAAUUAUCCUGGGCAAAGGAAAGUCUAGGCCAAAACUGUCCUUCUCACUAAAAAGCCAGGAUUAAAUUGCAACUCUGAACUCUUUAAAGAAAAAAAAGAAACAAAAAAAAAACCAACAAAAAAGCAAAACAAAAAAAAACUUUGUAUGGUAGCUUCAUGUUGAAGUGGUUUUUUUUUUUCCUCUUUUUUUUUUUUUUUUUUUGGUCUUUUUUGAAAGUCUGGAAAGUUAGCUUGUUCUAAUAGGGGCUGUGCUCUGCAAUUCUUAAUUUUUUUUUAAAUUCCAUUAUGUUAAACCCUUAUCAGAUCAUUGUUGCCUUUUAGAGGGUAAUCUGUUCUCAUCAAUUUUGUUUCUGUAUUAGUGGUCUGAAGCAGAUCAGGUCACUAUGAAUGGUGGAUGAUCUGAUAAGGUUUUACUGACCUACGCAUCAGAGUUUGACUCUGAUAAUUGGCAGAACUUUAUACUGGGUAUUGCUGACUUUUAAAAAAAUUUUUUUUUCAAGUCAGUAAAUACACGAGUAAAUUGCCAUAGUAUUACUGGACCUCUGUGGUUUAUUGUUAAAUCAGUGUCCUAUGAUACUGUCCCAUUGUUGCGCUUGAUGUUCCUGAUACAGGUAAGGAAAUAGUUUGUCAUUUCUGCUAUGAAUACAUAGGGAGAGAGUUCAGUAUUGUCUCUGUUAGAUUUGUUUUUAUUACAUUGACAGCAUUCAACCAGCGUUCCCCAUUGUGUAAAUAAACCAAUUUGCUGAAUAAAGUGAAAGUCUUAAAUUCA